CUGUGAAACUAUGGGGGCGGUGAGUAGCGGUUUGAGUGAUGGUAUUCUGCGUGCAAAUUGCUGUGUUCAACGUCGGCCUCCAGUCCGAUGUUUCAAUCCUCACUUAAACCUGCAGCUGCUGAAGUUGGAACAUUCUGGGGCAAGGAUCGAAGAAGUUUGGUUGGUAAAGCAAGAGAAUGAGAGAUCACAGAUGUCACAAGGAUUUUCGCCCAUGGUGGCCGAACCUGCAGAGACGCGAUUGGCAAUUGUUUACAAUAUCAGCGAGAGCGCGAGCCAACCCUCUCUCAAACCUUUGAGAUUGGACUGGCAGCCAGAUGGUCUGGCAUUCAUGCAAGGUGGACUGUCCAAGAGUUGUGUCAGCGUCAAAGUGCCGGCCGAGCCUUUGUCUCUGGAAGUGCUAAUUCAGCACUUGCACACCCUUGAAAAGAGAGAGUACGACCCACAGUCCUUCACCUCCAAAGACUUUUGUGAGUAUUUGUUUAAUCUCAUAGAGGGCAAAGAAGAAAGAAGCAAAGCACAAAGCUGACCAACGGCCAGAGACCUCACCUGUAGUCCUGAUACGUCAAUUCAUGUCAAUUCUAUUGUGGUCGAAUUUGCCGUCUGAGUACUUCUUCAUACUGCUUGGAUAGACCCUUGCUUACACAUUGAUAGUUUCUGUUUGAAAAGGACUUGCGUCCGCAAUGGGAACUUUUAAGCCAAGGGGCCGUGUGCAAAUAUAUUCGCUGUGGUCAUUGCUUCACCAGAUGAAAA